UUUUGCGUUAACUUUCGGCCUGCCGUUGCGUUCUUGAAGUGACUCUCGUGCACUCCGCUUUUUAAAUACUCUUGUUUGUAAUUUCCUUUUUCGAGACUCGUUUGUACUUGUUUACGAUCGAAGUAUUGUUUAUUUUCGUUCCAUUUCAGACUAUUUAUUUGUGAAUGCAUGCAAACACUUUUACAAAUUGAUUGUUAAAAAUUAUAUAGUUUUUAAAUGCCGUGUUAAUUGCUCUUUUAACAAGAGAAAAACAGACUUUUCUUUGAUGUUAAAAAUAAAUCCUGUCUAAUUAAAAUUGUUUCUUGGACAUUAAAUUUACCCAUGGUAACCUGCUGACAAAAAUUAAUUACCUCUCGCGCCCUUUCCGUUAACUUUCACAAAUAAUAAUUUUUUACCUCUUCCUAUUUAAUUAUUUUUUUUAUUUUUAGUAAAAUGAGCCAAAUAUUAAACAUUCCACGUUCAUCAUUACAACUUUUAACUAUUUCUUUGCUUAUUUUCUUCACAAUUGUUGCUAUUCAUUCACAAUUAUUUUAUGAAAAAGCUGACGAGAAUGUAUCCACUGAUAGGCUUCAUCCAGCAAAUACUGAUGAGCUUAACAAAUGCCUUUCACCAGAUUUAGAGGAACAAGAGAAAAGUCAAUUUCGGUUUUUUGCCGCUGUUAUUGAUGCUGGCUCUACGGGAACAAGACUUCAUAUCUUUGAAUUCAGUCAUGAUACAGCAAAGGAUCCUAGCACAUUUAAGUUAGAGGCUGAAACAUAUAGAGAGACCAAACCAGGAGUAUCUGCUUUCGCAAAAACACCAGAACAAGCAGCAGAAAAUAUUCGAGUUUUGUUACUUAUAGCAAAAAAGCACAUUCCUGAAGAGCUUUGGGCAAAAACUCCAAUUACGUUUCGGGCAACUGCUGGUGUUAGGCUUUUGAAUGAUAAAGAAGCUGAGGGAUUACUUUCCCAUAUUGAAACUGAAAUAAUGUCGAGUGGUUUGUUAGUUGAUGAUGAUGCUGUUGGAAUGUUGAGUGGAACUGAUGAAGGAGUUUUUGGGUGGUUUACUCUCAACUUUUUACUUCAAAAGCUCGACAAUGUAUUAAAUGGAAGUGAGUAA